AUGUAUUAAUUGCAUUUAUUAAUAUAUUUCUAAUUAAAUAAAAUCAAUUAAAUAAAAUAAAAUUAAAUAUAUUAAUUAAUAAAAUAAAUAAUAAUAAAUGGAUAUAGUAAAAAACAUUCAAGAAAGUAGAUACUAUGUACUCGGCUUAGCUGUUGGUUCAAGUCUAAUUACCUCUUUAUUAUUAAAUAAAUAAAAUUGUUAUAAAAAUAAAAAAAAAUCUUUGAAUCGCUAGGUAUCCAAACAUACUAAAAAUUAUAACAUAAAGAUAGCUCAAAACAUUUUAAGUAUUAUUAAAAUAAAAAAUUUAAAAAAUAUAUUAUAUUUUUCCUAAAUAAAAUAUUAACUUUAUAUACCUCGUUCUAUUUUUUAUAAAAAAAUAUUAAUCCAUAAAAAUAGUCGAUAAUAACAUUAUUAAUUCCUAAAGAAAUAAUGAAUUCUAGCAAUACUUUAAUGGAUGAAUUAAAAUUUUUACAAAGUAGAACCUGUAAUAUUUUAAAAGUCCAUAAUUUAAUUAUGGAUGUGGCUUAAGAAGAUUCGAUUCCAUGUUACUAAAGUCCAUUAUUUGGCAAAAACAAUUAUAGAGAAUUUUUCGGAGGAGGGGGCUUUUUACCUGAAAAUGCAUUUACAUAUAGUGGCUCAUACGUUUUAUCUGAAGCUGUUAUAAAUAACACGAAUACAAUUGAGAAUUCUAAACGUUAUCUCCGAGCAGGUCCAAGAAAACACAAUUAUUUUGAUCCAAAACACGUAAAAGCUGCAAUUGUUACAUGCGGAGGGUUAUGUCCAGGUUUAAAUGUAGUGAUUAGAGAAUUGUUUAUGUGUUUAUACUAUAAUUAUGGUGUUAAGGAAAUAUAUGGAAUUAAAUAUGGCUAUAGAGGUUUUUAUUAAUACGAAUGGGAACUUUUGACAGUAGAAAGAGUAAAAAAUAUAUAAAGAGAAGGAGGUACUAUUUUAGGAACAUCAAGAGGAGGAUUUGAUAAAGAUAAAAUGGUUGAAAAUUUAAUUAAGAGAGGUAUCAAUUAAGUAUAUUGUUUGGGAGGAGAUGGCACUCAUAGAGGAAUCAAUAUCCUCUUUUAAGAAAUUAUGGCUAAAAAACUAAACAUAACAAUAGUAGGUAUCCCUAAAACUAUAGAUAAUGAUAUUCCUAUUAUUGAUAAAUCGUUUGGAUUUGAAACUUCAGUAGAAGAAGCUGUAAAGGCUAUUUAAUCAGCAUAUGUAGAAGCUCAUUGUGUAGAAUAUGGAGUAGGAUUAGUUAGACUUAUGGGCAGAUCAGCAGGAUUCAUUGCAAUGGAAGCUACUAAUGCUUCCAGAGAUGUGCAUGUGUGUCUUGUACCUGAAUUUAAGUUUAAUUUGUAUGGAAAAAAUGGUGUUUUAGAAUAUGUAUAUUAAAGACUAUUAAAAAAAAGAGUUUGUUUAGUUGUAGUAGCAGAAGGCGCAGGGGAUGCUGUUUUAGACGGAAAAAUUGAAAAAUCAGGUGAAAGAGAUGCUUCAGGAAAUGUUAAAUUAAGUGACAUUGGAUCUUAUUUGCAAAAAGAAAUUGUUGAAUAUGGAAAAUAAAGAUAACUUGAUAUUACUCUAAAAUAUAUUAAUCCUACUUAUAUGAUAAGAACAGUACCAGCUAAUUCACUAGAUAGAAAAAUGUGCAUGUAAUUGGCUUAAAAUGCAGUACAUGGAUCAAUGGCUGGAUAUACUGGGUUUACUGUUGGACAUAUUAAUAAUAGAAUAGCUUAUAUUCCUCUUGAAUAAAUUAUUAAUUUUGGCACUAAUAGAUGUAUUAAACCUGAAGAUAGAGAUUGGUAAAGAUUAUUAGCUUCUAAUGGUUAACCUAACUUUUAAAAUAAAUAAUGAUAAAUUUAUUUUUUAGAUUUUGGCAAAUAUAAUUAUUUAUAUUUAUUAUUUUUAUUUUUAAAUAUAAGACCAUUAGACCAUAUGAUUUUUUUUAUUAUUAUUAUUUAUUUUUUAUUUAAAUAAAUAUUUGCUUAUUUAAUUU